GUCCGGUGUAUACAUGCUCCCACAUAAAAGAUCUAUAUAUCCGCCCUUGACUCCUGCCAUCCUCUCUUCAAUGUCGAAUCCCCGAAUCCUUUCCCGAUGCAUCGCCUUUUGAAAUUGCACCGCGCCGUGGUCGCCCGUCCGUCUGCGCUCCCCGCCGUUCGGCGCACACCGCAAUGGCGCUCCUAUUCCACACCCUCGAAUGAUACCCUCCCCUUGUCGGGGAUCCGAGUUCUGGAUAUGACGAGAGUGCUGGCUGGUCCAUACUGCACGCAGAUUCUAGGAGACUUGGGGGCAGAUGUAAUCAAAGUGGAACACCCCGUUCGUGGCGACGAUACUCGCGCUUGGGGUCCACCCUAUGCGAAGUACGAGGACGGGUCUCAGGGUCCCGGCGAGAGUGCCUAUUACCUUGCGGUAAAUCGCAACAAGAAAUCCAUUGGUCUCUCCUUUGCGCACAAGUCCGGCGUCGAGAUUCUGCACCGACUGGUAAAGGAAUGCGAUGUGUUGGUAGAGAAUUACCUCCCCGGGGGACUCAAGAAAUACAACAUGGACUACGAGACGCUUCGGGAGAUCAACCCCAAGCUGAUAUAUGCCAGUAUCACCGGCUACGGGCAGACAGGCCCGUACAGCAACCGGGCCGGCUACGAUGUCAUGGUGGAAGCCGAGAUGGGCCUGAUGCACAUCACAGGCGCCCGAGACGGUGACCCAGUCAAGGUGGGUGUCGCGGUCACGGAUUUAACGACGGGCUUGUAUACGUCCAAUGCGAUCAUGGCCGCCCUGUUGGCUCGGGUGAGGACCGGAAAGGGACAGCACAUUGAUGCUUGCUUGAGCGACUGUCAAGUUGCUACGUUGGCAAACAUCGCCAGUUCCGCUCUGAUCAGCGGGCAGAAAGAUUCGGGACGAUGGGGAACGGCGCAUCCAUCUAUUGUUCCCUACCGCAGCUACCAAACCCGCGAUGGAGACAUCCUCUUCGGAGGUGGGAACGAUAAGCUCUUCGGGGUGCUGUGCGACCGCCUCGGAUACCCCGAGUGGAAGACCGACCCUCGUUUUGUCACUAACAGCGACCGAGUCAAGCAUCGCAAAGAGAUCGACAGUCUCAUCGAGGAAAGGGCCAAGCAGAAGACAACGCAGGAGUGGUUGGAGAUCCUAGAAGGCAGCGGAAUGCCGUAUGCCGCAGUGAACGAUAUCCAAGGGACGUUGAAUCAUUCUCAUGUUCAAGCUCGAGGGAUGGUCACCGAAGUGAACCAUCCGGCCUGUGGUCCCAUCAAGCUGGUGAACACGCCCAUUAAAUAUUCCCAUGCAACUCCUGGCGUUCGCACACCACCCCCGACCCUUGGCCAACAUACAGAUGAGAUUCUCGGGGAAGUCCUCCAGUACAAGGCCGAAGAGAUUGCCCAAUUGAAGCAGGAGGGGGUGCUGUCGUAGUACUAGGAGCUAAUAGUAGUAUCCAGUACGUGAGGGCGUGAGGGCAUCCACCACGACUCAACAAAGACCAAACAUAGUAUAUAGAAGAACCUAGAGAAUGAAAUCAUAGAUAUAAGAGAAGAUGAGGAGAAAGAAGCAUACCAAAUAAAUGCAAGCCCCUCGACGAAUCUGCGUCGGCC